UGGUGCUGCUGUAUAGAUCGUAAACCGUCAGUUCGGUGUGCUCAGCGUGGUUUUUGCAGUCGACGCCCAGCAGUUCACGAUGCUGAGCGAGAGGGCCUCCUCGGUGCUGGCAGUGUGCUGUAUCUCUCUUGCUCUGUUGGCAGCAGCACAAGACGCGUGUACGGUCGGGACGGUGCAAGACAACUGCGUGUCGGCGACAAGCGGAGACAACAUCGAUGAGUUCUUUUUUUGUACGGAUCGGUACAGCUGGGAGUGGUCUCAGGACGCGGAGCAGCUCCCAGUCCAAGCGAGCGACUCCCUCUGUCUGACAUUGGACAGCAGUGUCGUCGAUGGUCUCGACCAAACUGAGCUUCUAGUCUUGGGUGGAUGCGACGCGGAAUUCCAGGAAGUGGCUGGUGACUGCAGCUCUCUUUCGAGCAGCACUCGCACCUACGAUCCUUUCCUGGUGAGCGAGGAGCUAAAAGAAGAAAGAGCAUGCCCGCCGCGUAUUGUAUUACCGAUCGAUACUUGUACGUACAUGGUGGAGAAGUGAAGCCUCUGCACCAUACGCGGCGCGGUCAUCCGCAAGAAAACUCAUCGUGAGAUGAACUAAUUUUUUUGAAAAUACAGCAGCGCACGUAGACCGAAUAAGGAUCACAUGUGCGUUCUUUCGUACUUCGAAAUAAUCAGAAAAGAAUACAGGAGAUGGGUUGAAGUAUUCAUUCACCCCACAGGACAGCGCCUUGGGUUGUUGCUGUUGUUGUUGUUGUUGUUUCUCGCAUUAGUCUAUAGUCCACAACAAAUGGGUGGGAACGGCCGGACAAUAAGCUGCUGCUGCACUGUCCUUGAACGGGGGGGAGCGACGACGAAUACUACUGCUGCAACAUCAUAUUCUCAUGAGUAAGCAAUAAGGGAGCAGGGAAGGUGCGCGGACCGUCAUGCGGGCUCUCUUGUUUGUAUAGGACAGCCCGUCGCCCUUCCCUGGAACGUUCGCGUAUGUUUUGCUUUAGUCUAUCUGUAAUAUAUUGGUGCGAGCGUGUUCUCAGAUUCUCACAAUGUGUGCUCGGCAAGUAAAUAGUAUCUAUGGUAGAUUCUUUGGAAGGCCUCCUCUUUUGCUUUUCAUGCACCCUCCACGGAACUUGUUGUUGUUGUUUCUCACAUUAGCUCUAAAAAAAAUUUUGUGUAGCAUUAGGAAAAAUAAAUGCACACACAGAAAGACUACCCGUUCGAGCUUCAGUAAAAGUCCCUGUUGAGUGCCGGUUGCCGGUAUGGUGCCGGUGUUUUCGGCUCGCACACAUCCGGUCGCCCGUUGGUCUAGUGGGUAGCCUCGCAGCCUGCUAAGGACCAGGUCAUGGGUUCGAGUCCCGGCAACGAGAGUUUUUUUCUCACUAAACAAAUCCUGGUCUAGGAUGAAAGCGACGCGCUGCAAAGCUCGUUUGGUAGUAAACCAUAAUCGACUUCGUAAGUCGCGAGGGAAGGGAUUGCUGUACCCUUCUCGCGAUAAAAAUAUCUCAGGCAGGAACCGCAGGAGGGGGCCCAACCCCCCCCUCCUAUGUGACCCCGGUUGGGUCGUCUAGUAGAAGUGGAGGAUAGGGGCCAGAGGGGCAGACGACAGAGUCCAAUGAUGGGAGAAAAACAAACAAAAAAAAACACUGGAAUAUCAAGUCGUUCUGUACUUUGAAUACUGUAGUGCCGGUGAAAUUUUUGUGCACACCCCGGCACUAAACAGGGACCUCUACUGUAUACCCACAUUCGAACGGCAUGUGGUGGAGUCUUUUCAGUGAGUGGAGGAAAACCGGCCAAUACUGGACUUAUUUCGAGCCUAUUUAAGUCGAUUUACUAAUGAUUUAAAUCAGUUAUACCAGCUGGUGCUAAGUCCAAGGAUCUGUAAAGGUAGCCUACAUUUUGCAGCGAGGAGUGGCCAAAAUCGGGUACACCCGGUCCGUAUCCGGCCAUAAUCGGGUACACUGGUUAUACACAGCCGACAGCGCCCUCCUGGCGCUAUCUGAUUGGCCGACGACCGCUCCUACCCGGUCCUGACUAAAUUCCCGCCGGGUGCACCCGAUAUUGGCUACUCCCCCCCCCGAGGGGUACCCGAUCGUACUCUCGCCUACCCGAAAAUGGCUGGGCUAUUCGACCAACAGACACUAGCAGACCACGCUCACGAACACACGCCAGCAACGCCCCGCACUCGAAUUCCGACGCUUCCGACGGCGGGCGGAGGCGGACCAAACCCAACAACCAACAACCCACCGCCCGCGGCGGAACCAACCAAACCCAACAACAACCCACCGCCCGCGGCGGAACCAACCAAACCCAACAACCCACCGCCGGCGGCGGAUUUCUCCGUUCUUGUUUCGUUUCGGAGAGAGAAGGCCAUCCAUGCAGGCGGGCGGGAAGCGGUGAAUAUGAGGGGCGGAAGGAAAGGUGGAUGGAUGGUGGAUGGAUGCCGUCAUGCCGUCAUCACGUGAGAUGCACACAAACAAGACUCCACAAGCAAACACAUUGGCGCAGCUCGGCGCAGCUCAGAUGUGCACCACACUAAUUAUGCAUGCCGGGACGCAGCAAUUUGCAGCAGCAGCAAGCAGCAAGUAGCAUGCCGCUGGACGUCCGAUUGCACAGCGAGAACACUUCGUAGACUCUUACUCUACAGCAGUCUCAACACUUCGAUUGCCCAGCGAUAACACUUAGACUCUAACCCUUCUUACUUAUCGAAACACGUCGAAGAGACAAGGGACGCGAGGGCAUCUGUGAUAGAUGGAUGGGUAGGAAAAGACAGACAGAGAGAGGCUGGCAGGUAGCAUGAUGGUUCAGGGGUAUGAUGAGGUCAAAUGUUGAAUGAUGACGAACGGCAUGUUUGGAUGUAUGCACGCGUCUGCGACGGGCACGAAAGCUUGAUCGCAUGUAUAGACAAGACGACGUGCUUGCUUGCUCGCUCGCCUACAUGAAGUCUGGACUAUAGACGCCUUGCUUGCUCACUGCUUGCUCACUUGUUUGUGUUCUCUGCCGCUUUGCGCGCGUCAGGCUAUGUCUGUGACCGUGACUACAAUGAAUGUGUUGCGGUCGGUCAUUGUCAACCCUGAAAGAAGUUGGUCGUACUUCGUCGUGUAUUACGUGCGUGGCGCUAUCUAAAAGUAUGUGCGCAAANCCGC